AGGCGGUAAACAUGUUUUGAGAAAACGAGCUCUCGCCGAACGAAACGAAGUCGAACACCCUGAGUCGCGCCAAGUGCCAAGUUGAAAUUAAUAUUAUAAAAUACACGCAAUACUGCACAAGCUACCAACUUAUGAGUUGAGUUGCAAGAAAUCGCAAAUAUAGAAAUAGAAACGAAAGUGAAUAAUCGCAAAACGCAUAGCCAGCUCACACCAGGAUUACAGGGCAAUCGGGCUGCGGAAAAAGCGAUCGAAAAAUGAAAACCAGAAAGUGAUUGAGUUGUGCACCACCAACGCAACCCACAACCCAACAGCUAAAGCAGCUGCAAAUUAAACAAAUUCAUUUAAAGUUAACUAGCCAACUAGCAAAUCACCAAAAUGCCAGCCACAACUUCCACCAUCAACAUCAACACCAUCAUCGUUGUUGCCGCCUGCCUGUUGCUUCUUGUGGCUGAUGCGCAUGCGCAGCAGCAGUGCAACUGGCAGUACGGCCUCACCACCAUGGACAUCCGCUGCAGUGUUCGCGCUCUAGAGUCCGUAUCCGGAUCGCCACUUGACCUCCAGGUGGCGGAGGCGGCCGGCCGCCUGGAGCUGCAGUGCAGCCAGGAGCUGCUGCACGCCAGUGAACUGGCACCGGGACUCUUCCGGCAGCUGCAGAAGCUCUCGGAGCUGCGAAUCGAUGCCUGCAAGCUGCAGCGAGUGCCACCAAAUGCAUUCGAGGGUCUGAUGUCGCUCAAGCGACUCGCCCUGGAGUCGCACAACGCGGUCUGGGGUCCCGGCAAGACGCUGGAGCUGCACGGCCAGUCGUUCCAGGGACUGAAGGAGCUGUCCGAGCUGCAUUUGGGCGACAACAACAUCCGCCAGCUGCCCGAGGGCGUCUGGUGCGCCAUGCCCAGCCUGCAGCUGCUGAAUCUCACCCAGAACCGGAUACGUUCCGCCGAGUUCCUUGGCUUCUCCGAGAAACUCUGCGCCGGCUCCGCGCUGAGCAAUGCCAAUGGAGCGGUCAGCGGUGGCUCCGAACUGCAGACACUGGAUGUCUCGUUCAACGAGCUGCGCUCCCUGCCCGAUGCAUGGGGCGCGUCCCGGCUGAGGCGCCUCCAAACGCUCAGUCUGCAGCACAACAACAUCAGCAGCCUGGCCCCCAAUGCCCUGGCCGGUCUGAGUUCGCUGCGUGUGCUGAACAUCUCGUACAACCAUUUGGAGUCGCUGCCCUCGGAGGCGUUUGCCGGCAACAAGGAGCUGCGGGAACUGCAUCUGCAGGGCAACGAUCUGUACGACCUGCCCAAGGGUCUGCUGCAUCGUCUGGAGCAGCUGUUGGUGCUCGAUCUGAGUGGCAAUCAGCUGACCAGCCACCACGUGGACAACAGCACCUUCGCCGGCCUGAUCCGCCUGAUUGUGCUGAAUCUGUCGAACAAUGCCCUCACCCGCAUCGGUGCGAAAACCUUCAAGGAGCUGUACUUCCUGCAGAUUCUGGACAUGCGCAACAACUCCAUUGGCCACAUCGAGGAGGGCGCCUUCCUGCCCCUGUACAAUCUGCACACCCUCAAUCUCGCCGAGAAUCGCCUGCACACGCUGGACAACCGCAUCUUCAACGGCUUGUAUGUGCUGACGAAGCUCACGCUGAACAACAAUCUCGUUAGCAUCGUGGAGUCGCAGGCCUUCCGCAACUGCUCCGAUCUGAAGGAACUGGAUCUCAGCUCCAAUCAGCUGACGGAAGUGCCCGAGGCUGUGCAGGAUUUGAGCAUGCUCAAGACACUGGAUCUCGGCGAGAAUCAGAUCUCGGAAUUCAAGAACAACACCUUCCGCAAUCUGAAUCAGCUGACGGGUCUGCGAUUGAUCGACAAUCGCAUCGGCAACAUCACCGUGGGCAUGUUCCAGGAUCUGCCGCGCUUGAGUGUGCUCAACCUGGCCAAGAACCGCAUCCAGAGCAUCGAGCGCGGAGCCUUCGACAAGAACACCGAGAUCGAGGCGAUCCGAUUGGACAAGAACUUCCUCACCGACAUCAAUGGCAUCUUUGCCACCCUCGCCUCCCUGCUCUGGCUGAAUCUCUCCGAGAAUCACCUGGUUUGGUUCGAUUACGCCUUCAUUCCAUCGAACCUGAAAUGGCUGGAUAUCCAUGGCAACUACAUCGAAGCCCUGGGCAACUACUACAAGCUGCAGGAGGAGAUUCGUGUGACCACGCUGGAUGCCUCGCACAACCGCAUCACGGAGAUCGGAGCCAUGUCGGUGCCGAACUCCAUUGAGCUGCUGUUCAUCAACAACAACAUCAUUGGCCAGAUCCAGGCCAACACCUUUGUGGACAAGACGCGUCUGGCACGCGUGGAUCUCUAUGCCAAUGUGCUGUCCAAAAUCUCGCUCAAUGCUCUGCGCGUCGCACCAGUUUCGGCGGACAAACCAGUUCCCGAGUUUUACCUGGGCGGCAAUCCCUUCGAGUGCGACUGCUCCAUGGAGUGGCUGCAGCGGAUUAACAAUCUGACCACCCGCCAGCAUCCUCAUGUCGUCGAUCUCGGCAACAUCGAGUGCCUGAUGCCCCACAGCCGCAGUGCUCCACUGCGUCCGCUGGCCAGCCUCUCCGCCUCCGACUUUGUGUGCAAGUACGAGAGCCACUGCCCGCCCACGUGCCACUGCUGCGAGUACGAGCAGUGCGAGUGCGAGGUGAUCUGCCCCGGGAACUGCAGCUGCUUCCACGACGCCACCUGGGCCACCAACAUCGUGGACUGUGGCCGCCAGGAUCUGGCCGCCCUGCCCAGCCGCAUCCCCCAGGACGUGAGCGAUCUCUACUUGGAUGGCAACAACAUGCCCGAGCUGGAGGUGGGACACCUAACUGGUCGUCGCAAUCUGCGGGCGCUCUACCUGAACGCCUCCAAUCUGAUGACGCUGCAGAACGGAAGUCUGGCCCAGUUGGUCAAUCUGCGAGUGCUGCACUUGGAGAACAACAAACUGACCAACCUGGAGGGCACCGAGUUCCGCUCGCUGGGACUGCUGCGGGAGCUGUAUCUGCACAACAACAUGCUGACCCACAUCUCGAACGCCACCUUCGAGCCCCUGGUGUCCCUGGAGGUGCUGCGUCUGGACAACAACCGCCUGAGUUCCCUGCCCCAUUUGCAGUAUCGCCACAGCCUGCAGGGACUGACGCUGGGCAGGAAUGCCUGGUCAUGCCGCUGCCAGCAGUUGCGGGAACUGGCGCAGUUCGUCUCCGACAACGCCAUGGUGGUGCGGGAUGCCCACGAUAUCUACUGCUUGGAUGCGGGCAUCAAGCGCGAGCUGGAACUGAUCGGCAACCUGGCCAAUGGACCCGACUGCUCCGACCUGCUGGAUGCCAGUGCCAGCAAUAUCAGCUCCUCGCAGGAUCUGGCCGGUGGCUAUAGGCUGCCCUUGCUGGCCGCCGUGCUGGUGCUCAUCUUCCUGGUCGUGGUGCUCAUCAUUGUCUUCGUCUUCCGCGAGAGCGUGCGCAUGUGGCUCUUCGCCCACUACGGAGUCCGGGUGUGCGAGCCCCGCUUCGAGGAUGCCGGCAAGCUGUACGACGCCAUCAUCCUGCACUCGGAGAAGGACUACGAGUUCGUGUGCCGCAACAUUGCCGCCGAACUGGAGCACGGUCGUCCGCCCUUCCGGCUCUGCAUCCAGCAGCGAGAUCUGCCCCCCCAGGCCUCGCACCUGCAGCUGGUGGAGGGAGCCAGGGCGUCGCGGAAGAUCAUCCUGGUGCUGACCCGCAACCUCUUGGCCACCGAAUGGAACCGCAUCGAGUUCCGCAAUGCUUUCCACGAGUCCCUGCGCGGCUUGGCCCAGAAGCUGGUGAUCAUCGAGGAGACGAGCGUUUCCGCCGAGGCCGAGGACGUUGCCGAGCUGUCGCCGUACUUGAAGUCGGUGCCCUCCAACCGCCUGCUCACCUGCGACCGGUACUUCUGGGAGAAGCUGCGCUACGCCAUCCCCAUUGAGCUGUCGCCCCGUGGCAACAACUACACCUUGGACCACCACGAGCGCUUCAAGCAGCCCGUGUCGCCGGGCAUGAUCUUCCGCCAGGCGCCACCACCGCCAGCCUACUACUGCACCGAGGAGAUGGAGGCGAACUACAGCUCAGCUACCACGGCCACGCCCUCACCGCGCCCAACGAGACCAGGAGGAGCCGCCCGGAUCGUGGACUCCAUGCCCAUGCCCAUGCGUCCGCCCUCGGAGCACAUCUACCACAGCAUCGAGUCGGAGUACAGUGCGUACGAUCAGCAUGAGGCGCUGUCGAUGAUACCCACGGGUCUGAUGCACCAGCACCAGCAGCAGCAGUUGCGCCUGCAUCAGCAACAACAGCAGCAGCAGCAGCAACAGCAGCAGCGUUUGCUGCAGCCGCAGUUCCGGGCGAUGCCGCAGCAGGCGAUUCCCGCUCCCUCGGCGCCGGUGCACCUGCGCAGUGGCAGUGGCUUGAGCCAGGCCAGCACCAGCACUCAGUCAACGGCCCAGGCCUCCACAUCCGCAGCAGCGGCACAGCAGCAGCAGCAGCAGCAACAACAGCAGCAGCAACAAGCAGCUGGCAGUGAAGCAGCCAAUAAGAACGGCCAAGCUUUCCUGGUCUUAAGAACAACAACUCCCCGAAUGGCCAUCUCCAUCUCACUCAGCCUCGCAAGGGUUCUUCUCCGCAGGAGCGGCCAUCUUGAAGCUGAUCGCUCACUGGCGCAAAAGGACUCGGCAAGAAGAGGAAGCAGGAACAGGACGCACACACCAACACACUCACAUCCAAAACAAAAAAGACUUUUCGUAGGCAUUUCUUGAAACACAAUAUAUUUAUACGUAUUUUUCGGUCGGAAGCAUUUCGCCUUUGGAUGUUGUGGUUGUUGUUGUUUCGUAGUUGUGUAGCACUGCCAAAAGAGGAAAAAGGAAAACAACGCACAAGACACGCCCACAACACAUUCAACAUAUACGAGCAUAUAGGAAUACAUUAUUCUAAUAUAAUUACCAUAAACGUAAAGAAACAAUUACUAGAAAUGUUGCAGAAACACUUUCAAAUUCAAUGUGAUAUAUUAAUUAACUAUAAUUAAAUCGGCAAGCGAGAGCAUGCCCCUUACUGUAAUGCGUAGACCUAUGUAGUAGUUCUAGCCAGGCGUAAAGAACGUAAACCUAAACCUAAAACUAAACUAAACAAAACUAUUGUUAACUACAACUUAAAGUAAAGCUAAUGAAAUAUGUACACACAUUCGUUCGCAUCCAGUUGAUUCAUUCAUCCUAAGCUACACGAAACAAAAAACUAAAUGAAAAAACUAAAGUGAAUACUUGAUAAACGUAAAUGUAAUGUAUAUAGAAAACUCGCAGGAGCAAACCCGUUUAGAGCACUUAAUGUAUUUAUGUAUCGUACUGUAUAGAGAGAUGAUGGAGCUAAAUUAAUUCAAUUAAAUUUACUUAAUGACGAAAUGUAUUAUUAAAUUAAUUAUUACAAUUACAUAAAACCAAGCGCAGAGCAAUAUAUCUGACGAAAUAAAAUGCAAAAACAUUACAAA